CGACGAACAACGUGGUGACGUCACGGUCACCUAGCGACCACCGUCUCCUAGCGACGGGGAACAACCGCCUCUCGGGCCCAGGGGAACGAGCCGCUACCGGUCCCGGUCCGGUCCUUACCGCCUCUCUCGGGCCCAGGGGGAUCCCCAGCCUCAUCAUGUCGGACACACUCAUCAUCCAGCCUGACGAGAAGUCCAUCACCGUCAACUCCGAUGUCGCCGAGGAGAGAAUCGCCGCCCGCCGCAUCCGGAUCGCCGAGCGGCAGGAGGAGAAGCGACGGGAAGCAAUGGAGAGAAUUUAUGGUAUUGAGGAAGAGGAAAAAGAGGAUUUAAGUAAAAGCUGCAAGCAGAUUGUGGACUCGCAUCAGAAAUUGAUUCAACUGCGAAGAGAUGGGACAUCAUUGGUUACAAAUGUGCAAAUUGCAGAAAACUCAAGAGAGAUACUGCGGAGAAGCACAGAAAGAGAAAUGCAAAAGCAUAGGACUGCAAAGCUGGAAAAUGAAGCAACAUUGAGUGAAGAAAAAUUUGAGGUCAUCACAAAGAAAUGGCUAACGGCAAAAGCCCGUAAGAUUCCACAGGAUCUGCGUGACAUUCUUAUCAAGCAGCAACAGAGCUGUUCUGAGUUAAUUGACGGGAAAACCAAGCUGAUUAACACUUUGCAGAAGGAAUUAAAGUUAAGUGAUGACCAGUAUGUGAAAGACCUAAAGAAAGCAGCUGAUGACAUUGUUCUGUUGUUAGAAAGAAUGGAAGAACAAAUAAAGACCUUAACAAGAUCCUAUAGAGCGGAAUUGAUACAAAUUGAGAAAGCAUUUCAGUUGGAACGUCAUGAGCUAAUCAAAAGUAAUCUUGUAAUGUGGGAAAAGAAAAUGCAGAUGCGAAGAGACAAAGAGAUUGAGUUUCUGAUGGCUCGAAUGAACAAAGUGGAGCAGUAUGAGAAUCAACUUCAGCAGUUGCGAGUUCAAGAUGCAGAGGAAUAUAACAUGAUAAAAAUUAAGUUGGAGACUGACGUAGAGAUUCUCGAGCAGCAGCUAGAGCAGAUGAAAGCUGUAUACCAACUAAACCAAGAAAAACUUGAGUACAACUUCCAGGUGUUGAAGAAACGUGAUGAAGAGAACACAGUCACAAAAUCUCAACAGAAAAGGAAGAUUACCAGGUUACAUGACAUUCUGAACAGGUUGAUGGGAAGAUUGGCUAAACAGGAGAAAAUGUAUCGCGAAGAGAAUCAGAAUCUAAGUGACCAGUAUAAGCGGACGGUAGAACUAUAUAAAGACCUACAGAAGAAAAUGAGACAUUUUGCUGCAAUUGAUGCAAAAAAAUUUGAAGGUGUUUGGUUAAUGAAUGAGAAAGAAGCAAAGGAAUUAGUCAGAAAGGCCCUUGAUGUUGACCGAAUAAUUCAUGAGCAGCAAUUGGGCUUGAGUUGGACAAGUCCAGAUCUGUGUUUUAUGAACAAUGUUGGGCCAAUUGUAUGCAAGGCUAAGAAGAAAAGAACAGCUGCUGAGUUGGCAGAAGAAGUUAUUCUCGGAGCAAGAAAAAGGGAAAGAGAUUUGGACGAUGGAACAGAAACAGAUACAGUCCAGGAAUCAUCAUGGUGGAAUGCUCUUUUCCAAAACAUUUGUUAUUCAGCUAGUGAGGAAAAAGCAUUGGAGUUAUGUGGUGGAACACCUGGAAAUAUCUCCUUGUCGACUGUCAAAACAUUGCUAGAAGUCUUGUGUGAUGAGUCUGGUUUUCUGAUUGAAAGCAAGCUUCUUAAAAUUCUUGCUCCCCUCAAGAAGGAUGAACAAUCGCUAAUAAAACUGGAUGCCAUUUUUGCUGCUUUAGGAUUAGAGAAUGAAGAUGAUAUCAUCAAGUUGACAGAGUUCUUCAUAAAGCAUUGUAAAUCUUCGAAACAUGAAUUAGAUAAGGAGACUGAUGUAUUAUUGAAGAGACUUGAUAAAGAAGUACAAGAAGAAUUUGUGGCUAGUGUAGAGAUGCAACAACAUGGUAUGAUACCAGCAGAAGAGGAAGAAGUUUGUGUAACUGAAACAGAUGAGCGAGAGGCUCAUGUUUGUGCAGAUCUGCAAGCUGAGCAUCAUUUAGAACUUGUUCACCCUAAUGACAUCCUCAAAACUUUAAGACUUUUCCUUGAAGACGUUCAGCAAUCAAGGGAAAAAUCACAACCCAAAGUGACCACUGUGAAGGAAAGGGAUAGCUCUGAGGAUAGUGCUUAUUGGGCUGCUAUGGCAAAUAUCAUACUAGAAAACAAAUUAAAGAUCUGGAAUUAUCUAAGCAAUGCACUGGAAAAAUAUUAGUCAUCUCCUCUGCCCUGAAGCUCUUCAGCC